CGUAUAUAUACAGCUCCCGGCGAAUACUUUUCCACACUCCUAUAAACGCAAGAAAACACCAUCUCUUCGACACCCCUGACACCCGGACACUCUCUCUUCCCUCUCAAGUAUUUCAGCCAUGCAGUUCUCUUUGCACUUCAUCGCCCUACCAAAAACCUCUAGACUAAAAAAUCCCACUGAAAUUUACACACCCACAACACCAAAAAACUCAACCCCCUUCCCACUUUUUACAUGCAAAAUCCUCUUUAAUCCUUCCAAGAGAUGGAGAACAGGCCCCCUGAAGACACCACCACCGCCACCAUCACCGCCAUCGUUACCGCCGGAACGCAAACCAUUGCUCGUACAUCAGCCAGUAUCCACCCCACAAAAACCUACGUACCCACCUCACUUAAACCCAUUGCAAAAGAUAGCAGCUUCGGUUCUAGACCUUAUAGAGGCCUCAUUGAUAUCGCCACAAGAAAAGAACCAUAAACUGCCCAAAACUCUCGACCCGGCGGUUCAGAUAUCCGGUAACUUCGCCCCGGUUCAAGAGUGCCCGGUUCAGCAUGGGCUUGAGGUGGUGGGUCAGAUACCGGCAUGCCUUCACGGCGUUUACUUGCGGAAUGGGUCUAAUCCCAUGUACGCGUCCUCAGGCGGACAUCAUUUGUUUGAUGGGGACGGUAUGAUACACGCGGUUUCUUUAGCCUCCGGGAACCAAGCCAGCUACAGCUGUCGGUACACGCGCACAAGCCGUCUUGUGCAAGAAGCCGCUAUGGGGAGGCCUGUGUUUCCCAAGUCGAUUGGAGAGCUGCAUGGCCACUUAGGACUGGCUCGGCUUGCGCUGUUCUUUGCUCGAGCAGGAGCCGGCUUAAUCGAGGGCUCACGAGGCACAGGCGUGGCCAACGCAGGGCUUAUCUAUUUCAAUGGCCGAUUGUUAGCCAUGUCAGAGGACGACCUUCCGUACCAUGUUAAGAUCAACGGUGAUGGUGAUCUUGAAACGAUCGAACGGUUUAAUUUCAACAAUCAGCUGGACUGUCCCAUGAUUGCCCACCCCAAGGUGGAUCCCGUAACCGGUGAUCUCCAUGCACUGAGCUACAACGUGGUGAAAAAACCGUACCUCAAAUACUUCAGGUUCGACACGUGCAAAAAAAAGUCACGUGACGUGGAGAUCUCACUUCAAUGGCCGACAAUGGUGCAUGACUUUGCGAUAACACAGAACUUUGUGAUACUCCCGGACCACCAAGUGGUAUUCAAGUUAUCCGAAAUGAUUCGGGGUGGGUCUCCGGUGAUCUACGACAAGAGCAAGACCUCCCGGUUCGGAGUUUUGCCGAAAACCGACGUCGACGAGUCGAGAAUUCAGUGGAUUGACGUACCCAAUUGCUUUUGCUUCCAUUUAUGGAAUGCUUGGGAGGAAGAUUCUGAGACCGCAGACAAGACUAUCGUUAUUAUUGGGUCCUGCAUGAGCCCGCCGGACUCGGUAUUCAACGAAAGCGAAGUCCCGAUACGGAGCGAGUUAUCGGAAAUCAGGUUGAACAUGAGAACCGGGAAGUCCACGCGCCGGGUCCUCGUUUCAGGCAUGAACUUGGAAGCAGGGCAAGUGAAUAGGCAGCUUCUUGGGCAAAAGACUCGGUACGUAUAUUUAGCCAUAGCGGAGCCGUGGCCCAAGUGUUGUGGCAUUGCAAAGGUUGAUUUGAGUACUGGUAGCGUUACCAAAUAUUUGUAUGGGACGGAACGGUUUGGGGGGGAGCCGUUUUACGUGCCCAAAAAGACAAUACGCAACGGAUCAAGUAUUGAUGAUGAUGAUGAAGGGUUUAUAGUGGGGUUUGUGAGGGAUGAGAAAAGAGAGAGGUCAGAGAUGGUGAUAGUGGAAGCUUCAAGCAUGAAGCAAGUGGCUACAGUGAGACUGCCUGCUAGGGUUCCUUAUGGGUUUCAUGGUACAUUUGUUAGUGACGAAGAUUUGAAGGAGCAGGAACCGUAGCCUAGCUGGGCACGAAAAUUUUAUUUUAAGUUUUUUCUAUAAAUAGUUUUAUUAAUAUUA